UCAAUGAGCUCGAGGCGCGCGCGGUGUGAGACGUGCGGUAAAUACUGAGGAGCAACUGACUGUGCGUGAUCAACAAAUAUUUUCUAUUUUUCUGAAUUUAUUUAUAUCUGACAGCUACAGAGACACUUGUGCCACAAUGCAACGUUGUUGUUGCUGAGCAUUUUGUGUGUGUGUGUGUGUGUGUAAAUGUGUGUAUGUGGACUUUGACGGGGACAGCGGACAAGGACAUUCUACUGGAAACAGUCACUCAGCGAUGUUUGGCACUGAUUGGCAUUUUUUUUCCUAAAGACACGCACUCUGGAUUUACCGUUGUUCACAUAUAUGGAUUUUUCCCCCUUUAUUUUCCUUCUUUUGAUUUUCUCCCUCUUUAUAUAGUGUUUUUUUUUUUUUUUUUGCUCCUACAGUUUUUCCUCGCUGAAGAACGGUGAGUCACUGCAGGCAGGCAGGCUGAAGGCGAGCCGCUGCAUCCUAAUCACACAGCGGAGAGCUCUGACUCCAGCUCAUUGACAUUACAGUCAUACUUUUCUCGAACACUUUUUUUUUUUUUCAAUUUUGACUGCGCUGCACUGUAGCCUGUGUGUGCAUCAAGCAAGCGAAAGCCUGUGGAUUUUUCCUGCUCCUGCGCGCAGAGUGGAAGGAGGAUACGGGUGGAACCUGAAUAGGGAAUGAAACUCUCCUUGAACCCUGCUGGAACUGACUGUUUUCUCUCUUUUUUUUUUAUUCAUCACUGAUUUACUUAAUUCUUGGACUAUUGCAACAGUUUAUCCGGGUGGUAUGAGCGAAUGCUUACAAUGACUAUUCUGUUUGGAGACUGGAUCGCGAUUACUGCUCAGAUGAGUCUGGGCACUCCGCUGAAUAUAAAUUAGGGUCCUCAGCACCACAGAUUGCUCGAGCAGGCAGAGGAAGAGCGACACACAGCAAAGACAAUCUUCAAAGACAAAUGCCAAGGUCUCUCAUGAUGAACAGAACUCUUUUUUUGGUCCUGAUUAAUAGAAAUACCAAAUUUGAACAUCAUAUCAACAAGUCAAAGGAAGCCUGAACGCAACGCAUCUUAGCCCACAGCAGUUUUUACAGAGUAGGGAUGUAUCUUUCUAUUUUCUUUUUCCUCCUUUUAUGGGCUCAAGCCCUGACAUUGAAAAACUUGAAUUACUCUGUCCCAGAAGAACAGGGUCCGGGGACAGUGAUUGGAAACAUUGCCAAAGAUGCCAGACUUGGACUUGAACAGACUGGGCAGGGAGGACAGGGUAAGAAAGCCAACUUCAGGGUGCUGGAGAACUCAGCCCCACAUCUCAUUGACGUGGAUCCCCAAAGUGGACUGCUGUACACAAAGCAGCGCAUUGACAGGGAAACCUUGUGUAAGAGGAACCCCAAGUGCCAGCUCUCCAUGGAGGUGUUCGCCAAUGACAAAGAGAUCUGCAUGAUCAAAAUAGAUAUUCAGGACAUUAAUGACAACUCGCCCAUUUUCCCCUCUGAUCAGAUUGAUAUUGACAUUUCAGAAAAUGCUGUGCCAGGGACACGCUUUCCCUUGACCAGUGCACAUGACCCAGAUGUAGGAGAAAAUAGCCUGAAAACCUAUCAAAUAACCCGUGAUGACUACAACCUCUUUUCCUUGGAGGUAAAGUCCCGUGGGGAUGGGACAAAAUUCCCUGAAUUAGUUAUUCAACGACCAUUGGACAGAGAAGAGCGAAGCCAUCACACUUUAAUUUUGUCAGCCACUGAUGGAGGGGAAUAUCCUCGAUCGGGUACCAUGCAGAUAAAUGUUAAAGUUAUUGAUUCCAAUGAUAACAGCCCUGUGUUUGAUCAGCCCUCAUAUGUUGUGGAAAUACCUGAAAAUUCGCCACCUGGGAAAGUCGUUAUCGAUUUAAAUGCCACAGAUCCUGAUGAGGGGAACAAUGGACAAGUAGUCUAUUCUUUUAGUGGCUAUGCCCCAGAGAGAAUCCGUGAGCUCUUCUCCAUAGAUUCGAGAACAGGGGUCAUAAAGAUUCAGGGUGAAAUUGACUACGAAGAGAGCCCAGUUAUUGAGAUUGACGUGCAGGCAAAGGAUCUAGGUCCCAAUCCAAUCCCGGGCCAUUGUAAAGUCACAGUUAAAGUGCUUGACAGGAAUGAUAACUGGCCAUCUAUAGGCUUUGUGUCUGUGAGACAGGGAGCCAUCAGUGAGGCAGCACCUCCAGGCACUGUCAUUGCUCUGGUGCGUGUCACAGACAAGGACUCAGGCAGGAAUGGGCAGCUUCAAUGCAGAGUGCUGGGUAAUGUUCCCUUUAAACUUGAGGAGAACUAUGAUAACUUCUAUACAGUGGUGACGGACAGGCCCUUGGAUAGAGAGGCUCAGGAUGAGUACAAUGUCACAAUUGUGGCAAAGGACAAUGGCCUUCCUCCUCUAAACUCUACCAAAUCCUUCACUGUAAAAAUUCUAGAUGAGAAUGAUAAUGUUCCUCACUUCACAAAGGCAGUUUAUCUUCUUCAGAUACCUGAAAACAACAUACCCGGCGAGUACCUUGGUUCAGUUCUGGCACACGACCCAGAUCUUGGCCAGAAUGGGACAGUGUACUACAGCAUAGUGAACUCCAAUGUGAGUGGAGGAGACGUCAACACCUAUGUUAAUGUGAAUGCGGCUAAUGGAGCCAUCUAUGCCGUGAGAUCUUUUAACUAUGAACAAAUUAAGUAUUUUGACUUUAAGGUUCUUGCAAAAGAUGCGGGAUCUCCACACCUGGAGAGCAACGCGACAGUGCGCAUCAGCGUUCUGGACGUCAAUGACAACAUCCCUGUUAUAGUUCUGCCCUUACUCCUAAAUGACACUGCUGAAAUCCAUGUGCCGCGUAAUGUCGGUGUUGGCUACAUUGUCACCACAGUGAGGGCUGUGGAUAAUGACUACGGUGAGAGUGGGAGGCUCACUUAUGAGAUCUCAGAUGGCAAUGAGGACCACCUCUUUGAGAUCGAUCCAGUGACUGGGGAGGUGCGAACAGCACACCCGUUUUGGGAUGAUGUGAACCCCAUGGUGGAGCUGAUCAUCCGUGUAUCAGACCACGGCAAGCCGACUCUCACCGCCGCCGCCAGACUCAUUGUCAAGGCUUCCAAUGGACGUCCACCUGAUGGACUGCCACACACAAAGGACAAUCAGAACUGGGACAUGUCCCUGCCUCUUAUUGUAACUCUAAGCAUCAUAUCCAUCAUGCUUCUGGCUGCCAUGGUGACCAUAGCGAUCAAGUGCAAGCGGGAAAACAAGGAGAUCCGAACCUAUAACUGUCGCAUUGCAGAGUACUCGCACCCUCAGCUGGGAAAAGGCAAGAAGAAGAAGAUUAACAAGAACGACAUCAUGCUGGUGCAGAGCGAGGUGGAGGAGCGGGAUGCCAUGAAUGUGAUGAAUGUGGUAAGCAGCCCUUCCUUGGCCACCUCUCCCAUGUACUUUGACUACCAGACACGCCUGCCACUCAGCUCACCACGGUCAGAGGUCAUGUACCUCAAGCCCACUGCCAAUAACCUCAGCGUGCCCCAAGGCCACGUGGGAUGCCACACCAGCUUCACAGGCCCAGUCACCAGCACUACAGACACACCUACUAACCGCAUGUCCAUCAUACAGACGGACAAUUUCCCCACUGAGCCUAAUUAUAUGGGUAGCAGACAACAGUUUGUUCAAAGUAGUUCAACGUUCAAAGACCCCGAGCGAGCAAGCCUCAGAGACAGCGGUCAUGGUGACAGCGACCAGGCUGACAGCGACCAGGACACCAACAAAGGCUCCUGCUGCGACAUGUCUGCAAAGGAGGCCCUCAAGUUAAAAGCUACUGGAGUGAAACCGCCACCUCUGGAACAAGAUGAGGAUUGUGUGAAUUGCACUGAGGAGUGCCGUGUACUGGGUCAUUCUGACCGCUGCUGGAUGCCCCAGUUCCCCGCUGGAGGAAACCAGGCAGAGGGCAUUGACUACCGCAACAAUAUGUUUGUGCCAGCAGGGAUGGAAACUGUUCCCGAGACGGAGACCUACGAGACUGUCAACCCCAAUGGCAAGAAGACAUUCUGUACGUUUGGAAAAGAGAGACGUGACCACACUAUUCUUGUCGCCAAUGUCAAGCCCUACUUAAAGGCAAAACGGGCGCUCAGCCCACUUCUCCAAGAGGUACCGUCAGCCUCAAGCAGUCCUACCAAGGGUUGUUCCACCACAUCUUCUUGCUCAUCAGUCAAAAGCCCAGCUGAUGGUGCUGAAGGCAAACCUCCUCCCGCCACCUGCUCUGGGCACUAUGGUCCUCCUGAUGGUCAGUUCCUGUCACCAACCAAACAAAGCAGAGAGCAGGGGGUCUACCCGCCCUUGCCUCCGUCAGACCCAGUGGCCAAGGUGCUCGCAGAGGCACGCUCCCGGAUCAGCCAAGAGGCGACGGGCGAAAUGGAGUCUCCACUGGAGCAGAUGGAGCCCGACGCAAACCGUGACGGAAUGGAUGCUGACCAGGUAGUGAGAGACAUCGACAAACUAUUGCAGGACUGCAGAGGAAGUGAGGCCACGGGCACGCUCAGGAAGUGACACAGAGGACUGCAAAAAAAAAAAGAACACAAUGGAGAGGUAGAGACAGGAAUAGGGGGCUAUUCCAACAAACUCUCAUACAAAACUGUCACCAAAACGAAUCAAAAAGUUGAAUGACUCUUACCACAGGAGCUCUUUCCUCUGUAUUUGUUGUUGAAAAGUACCCACUCUGGUCCCAUGAUUGGAACAUUUAUUAUGUCAGUCACCAGUUUUGGUGCUGAGAUCCCUAUCAACACACACAAAAAAAAGAACUUGGUUACAAACGUGAAUUCUGCUGAAUUUAUAAACUCUUUUUUUUGUUGUUUUGGAUUCUUAAGCAAAUUGCAGAGGCCUCUGCCUCUGGCACCUCGCAAGCUCUUAUCUAAGUGCCCACCAGCUCAUAAGUGUGUUGUUCAUGGUCUCUCGUGAAACCCUACAUUUCUCAGUGUGCAUAGAUGGAUUUUCUGUUUUGUGUGAUGGCCAUAGAAACUGACUGAAAAAAAAAAAAAAGGACUACUCAUGGUCAGACGUGACAAUCGACACCGAAACAGAAAAAAAAAACGAGUUCUAAUCUAUUUGGGACAUUGAAAGACCAAAAUACACAAAGCAACCUUAUCUUUUUUCUGACAUUAAUAUACAGUGGGUGUUUAAUGUGUGAUGAAUCCUGUAUCUGAACGUGAAGAGAUUGGUAAAUCAGGGGUUUGUUCACAAGGGUUGGUCAUGGACUUGGGGUUGAACGGGCUUUGACGGUCUGCUGAAGGAGAAUUAUAAAAACAGUGUAACCAUGUUUCACUCGUCAUCUGUAGCCACAUGUGUAAGUUGUGUCUCUUUCACGCCGAUAUUUAAACGUCCAUGUUGCUGACUGGUGUACUUGCGCGCACCAAUUUUAUACAUGUGCACCACACUUUAACACGUACACUUAUUCACAUGCGCCGAUGCCCUUACACACACGCAAACACACACUUACAUAUAUACGUUAUUGCUUACACACACACACAACUGGCCAUCUGUGUAAAUGUCUUAUUACAUGUACAUCAUCAGCUUUUAGUCCCUUGUGUACAGUGAAUUAUCACGUGCGUGACUCCGCCUUAAGGCAAUCACAAGUUGUAUAAAAAAGGGACAUUUUUUCCUCUACUGUGAAAAAAGAUAUCUAUAUGAUUAUAUAGAUGACUAUAUGUACGAACUCAUGUAUAGUGUCCAAAAAUUAACUAAAUAUUUAUACAUUUUUUAAGAAAAAGAAUAAAAAAAAAGAAAUGAGGAAUCUCAGCAAAAAAAGUGUCCUGGAGUUAUGGUCAAAUUGUGGGGUAUAAACUCGACGAACUGGAAAAGGACACUGCCAAUCAUUUUGACGACAAAGUAUCCAAAAAUAUAAAGAAAAUGUCCCUUCACAUUAACGCUAUACAUACUAUCAUUAUAUGUGUAAAUGUAUCCAGUUUAGAUGUGUUUACAUCGGGAAAAAAAUUGACAUAUUUUUAUUAUUUUACUGCAAUUUCUGUGCAUUUGAGCCAAAUUGUUAUGUGUACAAAAGCUAUAUUGUGUAUUUUAUUAAAUUAAUAUAUAGUUGUGUUGCAAUAUACAUGGGCUUAUAUUGUAUUUGGCAAAAGUUGCCUUAGUAGCUGUCGAACUCUGUGAGUUUGCUUUAGUUUGGGUUUUCGUUGGUCUUUUUUUGUUUCUCCCCUUUCCUCUUUACUCUGCACCUUUGCAGUUCUAUAGCUUCAGUGCUUUUGAGAUGUCGCCUCUUUUUACCCCGAGGUCCAGCAGCUGGAUCCAAUACAAUAACUGUUGAACGCUUAAUGAGCCAGCUGAUCAAUAAUCUAAUUCAAACCAACUACAAAGAGCAACAACCACACGAUAAAACAGUUUGAAUAUUUUUACCGAGCAGAUUUUUACAGGGCAGCUAUUUUCUUUAACAAUAACAAGUAUGUGUAUUUUGUGUUCAAUUUCUUUUUACUUUCUGUCCAAAAAAAAAAAAAAAAAAAAAAAAUACCUGCCA